UGACAAUUAAAGACUUCGGCAGAAGUAACAAAUAAAACAAUAAUAGGGCCCGAAGCAACAAUAUCUUCAGAAAAUCAAGCUGCUUCAACUUCUGCCAUUCCAAGUUUACAAGAAACACAAGGUGCUUCAACUUCGUUAAUAGUAUCAUCAUCAUCACCAAGGACAAAAUCAAAAUCUGAUAAAAAAGAACUAGAUGCUAUAUCGUCUACAAGUUCAGUAUCCACCAAGGCUUUGGCUGAAAAAUUUCUCUAGCAAAAACUACCUGGCUCACUUGCCAAAUUUAAUAAAAAAGAAAAGUGUGAAAUUGACAAGAAUAUAUAUGAAGUUCAAUUGAAUGUAAACAUUGUAUCAUCUUCAAAUACGAAUAAUUUAAACCAGUAUAUAAAGAGAAACACUUCUUUCAAUGGAACAAACAAAUCAGCAACAGAAAAUCAUGACCUUGAUACAAAUCAAACUUCAUUAAUAGUUAGGUCAGCAAAUGUAGAACCAGACGAUCAUACUCAACAACAUUCCAUAGCUCCAACGUUACCCAUGCAUUCUCCGCACUCGCCUCUGUUAACUGAUGAGACUACUAACCAUCAUCUAAAAAAAAAUAAAUUAUCUGCCAGAUACAUUAAUAAUACAAGUUUUUUAUGUAAUAUCGCAACCGAUCAUUCCAAGCUUGGUACAGAAAAUUCUUCGACAUCCCAGAAAUCAACUAGUGCCAUAUCAUCAUCAAAAUUAAUAUGUUAUUGUGAAAAAAGAGGAAAAGAGGAAUCUUUGGAAGGUUCAAACAAUAAAAUAUCAAUAGAUUCAGGCGUAGCGAAACGUUUGGUGCCUACACGCAAUGCAGCCACCAGUCCUCAUUUGGAUAUACGAAAACUUGGUAGUAUGACUACGCUCAAUCCCUCGCCAUCGUUAACAAAUGAACUUAGUGUAAAACCGACCGAUACAGCAGAAUAUAAAAAAAAUAAUAAAUUAAAAAUCCAAAAUAGAAAUAUUUUAAAAAUUGAUGACGAGGCAAAUUCUAAGAAAAUAUUAGAAAAAAACAACUUUAUUGGUGAAUCCAAACCUCUUAAACUACUUCGAACUACACGUUCGCUAUCUCCAAGACCACCCAUACGGCAUCAACAUGCCAUGUUAGUAUCAGAUCCCAACAACGUUGAUAUACAAUUCUCUCGAUUAUUGAAUACUAAUGCGCGGUCCAAUAAACAGCAAAUCAACAAACUUUGCCGUUCUGAACAGUCUUCUCCCAAUGUAAUCGAUGGAACAGAGAUACAAUUUUCUUACAAUGAAUCAACAAAUCGAAGUACUGGCUGUUUGGGUAACGCAUUUGCUGACCCUUGGUUAAAAAUAACGGGUUGCGACAAUAUUUCAUCUUCCCUUCUAUCAACUCAUAAAAAAGAGAUGCGAUUCCACCAAUGUAACACGGUCGUAGAAAACAUUAAAGAUCCUUGGGUUAAAAGGGCAGAUAUUGACUCAAGUCCUAAAGUGUCUCGACAUGACUUAUUUCGCCAAAGCAAGUCAUUUUCUACCUCCAGAUUUGAUGUAGAGACCAUAAUAAAUCCAUCUUUAUCAAAUAGCGCAAAAAAUCCUGGUUACUUAAAUGAAGAUACAAUGUCAACUUCUAUAAUUGAUGUUAAAAAGCAGUUGCGAUCAGCCCCAUCAUCUCCUCAAUUUUUAACAGCAUCAGAAAAUAUAUUUUCUUCCUCUACCUAUCUUACCAACCAACAUAGUACUGGUAGUUUUAGCGAAAAAACUCCCAUGCGAUCGUCUAGUUUCUCACCUGCAAGAAUUAAGGAUAGCCAUAAUCCUUUUACGGAUUAUAAUUUACAUCACUCCAACUCACCCCACCCCUCAAUAUCAGUUGCUACCGAAAUAAUUGAUGAUCAAAACAAAAGCAAAUCAAAAUUAAAUAUUCGAUCAACUAAUUACGAGUUUUUGAACGUGUGCGAUCCAGUUUUGUUAAAUGCCAGACACAGUUUUUCUUCAGUUUCUGAACAGCAACAGGGUGAUGAAUUGCAACUUAACAUAAGACGACUCUCCGAUCAAAUGCGUCGGAAAGAAUCCAUUUUUACUAAUUCCAUUAAAACAUUUUCGAGUGAUCGCAAUGUUAGAGAAAAUCGAAUAUACGAAAACAAAGUACUCACGUCUGCAAAUGACACAAUCAUGAAAAGUACCCGUGAAAGAGUUCCAAUUAACAGAGCUGAUUUUUCGGAGUAUUUGGAGCAAUUUAGAUGCAGCGAAGCCAAAAAAGCUGCUAUUAGUAAGGAAAAGCCAUGUCAAUGGAGAGAGAACAACAAUUCGCUUACAAAAACUCAAAAUAACCAACCGAUCAUCAUAAACAAAACUCAACAAUCACCAGAUUGUCUUUUGGAGACUACAUGUUAAUUGAUUCCUCAAUAAAUUAUUGUAUUUACUAUUUAUUCUUCAUGAUAUGAUAUCAAUGUUAUAUGCAAGCAUUCAUGUAUUCUUUAAAGCGCAUAAUAUCAAAUUCAUCUAAGUUAUAUAAUUUGUUCACUCUAUUUCAUAAAAUUUGGUAAAAAUAUUCAGUAAUAAUUUCAUAAAAUAAAUACUCUAUUGAAAUAUACCUACACACAUAAAAUACAUACAA